AUGUAUUCGUUGGGUUUCGUGGCCAUGGACACAACCUGUCGCCCUAAUGUCAUCUUUACUGCCAUCGAAAAAAUGUACACUUCUCUUCUUUUUUUCUGCCUUCCCCUCCCCUCGAGAGUCGUGCAUUGUGCCUGGCGGACUUGGACCAAUCUGGAGGUGUCUGAUCGAGGGUCGAACCGCUUUUCUGCGGUUGUGAAGGAGGCGCCAGACGGACGCCAGACCGGCAGCAUCAGUACCGCCUCGGAAGGGAACAAUGCUACGCUACGAUGUACCAUCGUCUGGCACGGGACUGGACGUAAGGGAAGGUACUUAUUAAUUGGCAGACGAAACGGACGACUUCCUUGA